CAUCGCCUAUAUAGGAGGAAAAGUAACUUUGGGAUCUGGUAAUAAAGUUUGUAUGGUCCCGCAAGUGGUCGCAAGAGGGUAGUGCGGUCGUACGUCUGGCAGCGUGCGGAGGCUGCGAGGCGCACGGUCGUAUAUGAGGUCGACCGUCGCCCGGCACACGACACUUCCCAGCCCACCGCCGUCGCAGACACAUACCCCACGUGCUCUCUCAUACGCACGCACGUGCAUGCACACCCACUGCCUUGCGCUCAGGAUUUACAUUUAAGAAAAAAAAAAAAACAAUUCACAAGUGUUGUGUUCUACAUGUGCCUUCAACUAUUUUUUGAGUGAACAACAGUGACUGUAAAUUGCCUGUGGUGAACAACAGUGACUGUAAAUUGCCUGUGGAAAGUGAAUCAGCUUCCCUUACGUGCCAAAAACAUUACGUGUUUGUGAGUGCCAUCUUCAGUUUCGGAAACUUGGCGACAGUUUACGCCGCAAUUUUGUGCUCAAACCCCGUCCCUAGUGGAGAGCUGCGGCCCUCCACCUCGUUCACCGCCAACAUUUGCAACAUGAAGCGAACUUUGAGCGAGAGCGAGUGCGAUGACAUCUACUCGGGCGACGAGAAAGACGGCGAUGACUGCUCCUCCAGCGGCGGCGUGUCCCGCAAGCGGCGUCGCGGCAUCAUCGAGAAGCGGCGUCGCGACCGCAUCAACAACUCCCUCUCGGAGUUGCGGCGUCUCGUGCCAGCGGCCUUCGAGAAGCAAGGCUCCGCCAAGCUGGAGAAGGCGGAGAUCCUCCAGAUGACAGUCGACCACCUCAAGAUGCUCCACACCAAAGGACUGGACGCCCUGGCCUACGACCCCAACAAGUUCGCCAUGGACUACCACAACAUCGGGUUCCGCGAGUGCGCGGCGGAGGUGGCGCGCUACCUGGUCACCAUCGAGGGCAUGGACAUCCAGGACCCGCUGCGCCUACGCCUCAUGAGCCACCUGCAGUGCUACGCGGCGCAGAGGGACCUCGCCAACAAGCAGGCGGCCUCCUCGUGGGGGUGGGGGUCGUCCCAGCCCGCCGCCCCCGCGCCACCGUCCUACACGCCGGCGUCGUCCCUCUCAGGGUUCCAGGGGCACGUCCUGCCCCCGCACGGCGCCUCCACGCACCAUCCGUCCGCCGGGGCGCACCACACGGCCGCGCCCGCCGUCGGCCUCGACCAGAGCCACGGCAUGUCGGCCUUCAGCGCCCCGUCCUCCAGCGGCAACAACGACGGCGGUGUGUCCGGCUGCAGCCUCGGCACGCCCCAGGUGCCCCGACUACCUACGACGGGGGCCGGCGCUCCCCACGUGCCGGCCGUGUCCAUGGCCACCGCCGCCGGCCAGCACACCAACUACCACCUGAACCUCAACGCCCACGCCUUCCCCGCCACCAACCCCGCGCCCACCAUCUCCAACAUCAGCCUGUCGGCCAACACCUCGUCCAGCCUGAACCCCGCCUCUUACAACCCUGGGCUUCAGGGCGGCGCCCCGGGCGUCAAGCCCUACAGACCGUGGGGCGCCGAGAUCGCCUACUAGAGGCCGCCCAGGUCGCUCCGACCCUCCGCCGAACCCGCCCUCGCUGCCACAACCUGAGGAUGGCCAUCACACAGAAAACACAGAAAAUCAUGAAAAAAUUAUUAUAAGGGUAAAAUAAAAAAAGGUAGUAUUAGGAAGCAAACCGUCGGGGUCCCGCGCGACUUGAAGCGAAGGGAACCUGGCAGAGCCUCCGGUGCGGGCGCGCGGGCGUCGCCAAGCCGUGACAACCUGCCUGUGAUAGUGACAGGUGUAGGGGCGGGGAGGGGGGAGGGGAGAAGGCUAGUCCUCACCGCGCUGGACCUGAAGAUCAACUCCUUUCUGUGAUGUACAUUUUUAGGGACCAAGAGGAAACGUCACGUAAAAGUCACGUCAUUUUCCUCGUCAAGAUCACCUUCAGGACCAGUUUCACCGCCGCAAGCAACUUCAGACACUGCGGCGGGUAUACA